GCCUGCCCCUCUCUUUCAGUUGAGUUAGAUCUUUGAAAACACUGGCCAUGGCAGUGUUACUGCAAGCUCUCUUCCUACUCUUAAUCACCAACUUCAUUGCCUUCACCACAGCCACCACCUUCUAUGCAGAACUUGUCCCCAGCAAUCCUCUCACCACCCCAUUCAACAACCCCAAUUUUGUUCCCUCUCCGUCUGAAAAGCCUCAAAUUGAAGUCAAUGUUGAUAUCAGAAAGGGUUUACAACCUGAUCCUGCAGCCAUGCUUUACCUUGCCAAGUUCUCAAUGGGUACCCCACCAGUUGAAGUCCUAGCAGCGAUGGACACAGGCAGCAAUCUCUUCUGGGUCCAAUGCUUCCCUUGCCAUCCCUGCUUUCCACAGGUUGGCACAUACUAUAUCCCAUCCAACUCAUCCACAUUCAACCAAACAGACCAACUUCCUUACACCAUUGUCUAUGGAGGCAAGUCCUACUCGAAAGGCAAUCUCGCCCAGGAACUCCUAACCUUCGACGCCGAAGAUUACGUUUCGAAGCUUUCAAAUGUCAUCUUUGGCUGUGGAAAUGACAAUAACUUCUAUGAUGGCAAUGGAGUAUUAGGCCUUGGCCCUGGAAAUUUCUCCUUAGCCUCUCAACUUGGCAAUCAAGCCAAAUUCUCUUACUGCUUCAACAAUGCCACUGACCCAACCCAAGUAGGCAAUUUGGUUUUGGGUGAUAGUGUACAGAUUGAUGGUUCCACAAUACCCAUGAGUGAUGACUCUACCCACCACUACUAUAUAACCUUAGAGGGCAUCAGUGUGGGUCAACAGAGGCUUGAGAUCCUGCCGGCAACAUUUGAGCGUAAACAGAACAGUGGUGGAGGUGGUACGGUCAUCGAUACAGGCUCGACAUUCACUUAUCUUGCCAUUUAUGCUUACCAUAAGCUAAGGGAGAAAUUGGAGAGCUUAUUGUCCAAAAGGUCAUUACAAACAGCUGAGUUUAGUGGAUAUGAUAUGUGUUAUGGAGGGACUGUGAGUAGGGACAUGACAGGAUUUCCAACCAUUAAGUUCCAUUUUAAGAACAAUGCAGAGUUGGAAGCUCAGUAUUGGACUUUUUUCAGGCAAGUGAAUGAAGAGAUCUUCUGCUUAACCAUGGCUCCUACCUCUGAUACUGGCAUCACCAUUAUUGGAAAUUUGAUCCAGCAGGGAUACAAUGUGGGUUAUGAUCUGGUAAAUAAGGUGAUUUCUUUUAAGUAUGUUGAUUGUUCUCCAAUUUCAGAAAUUAAGUAGAUUUGACUUCCUUUUGUCUAAAAGCUGUAGACAAAUUUGUUCUGGUGCUAGAUUAUGGCACCAGAACAUAUGUGUUCUGGUGCUGUAGACAAAUGUGGGUUAUGAUCUGGCUUGAUUUACAUAUCACUUACUGAGUAUAAAUUUGUUAUACCAAACAAAAAAUAGAGUAUAAAUUUGAAUGCCAAGAAUUAUAUGAUUUGAA